UGCGCAUCUGUAGUAUGGCGAACCUAACGAAAGCAGACGAUAUUAAUUUUUUAAUAAAUGAUGUUCCUGAACUUACUGAGGAUGAAAAAAUUACGCUCAUUAAUGCAAUGAAAACAGCACAAGAACUAGAUGCUCAAGAGAGAAAUAAAAUGAGUCGACCUUUGGAAGGACAAUUAUACAAGUACACUAAUGUUGUAAAAGGUUGGCAAUAUCGCUGGUUCAUCCUCAAUCCAGAAACUGGUAUUUUGGAAUAUUAUAUGCUUGAUGAGGUGAAGAAAAAAAGACCUAGAGGAGCUAUAUUUUUAGCUGGAGCUGUAAUAUCUCCAAGUGAUGAAGACGGCCAAACUUUUGCAAUCAGUGCAGCUUGUGGUGAAUUAUAUAAGUUAAAAGCUAACGAUGCUAAAGAAAGGCAGUUCUGGGUCAACAGGAUAAGAGCUGUAGCUGAACAUCACACAAAAAGUAUUGCUGAAAAAAAUCCACCAUUACCUCCCCGAGAACACAGAACUCCUUUAUCUGCCAUUGAAUUAAGAACCUCUGGACCAAAUGCUGAUACUCAUUCUACAUGGUAUACUGGUUUUCACAGCAGUACUAUUAUGGACUCUCAUCCGACACGCAAAAGAGGAAGUAGAAAAACCAAAACACAAGUUACUCCUCAAACUUCUGUGGUUCAAAUUGCUUCUUCUGUGACUGAGGCUUUAAAUAACGUCCGUGAUAUGUUGCGCCAGACUGAAGCAUAUAAUAAUUCUUUAUCAAGAAAAAUUGAGGCUCUGCCUUACCUUGGAAAUGGUCCAAAAUGCUGUGAUACUAAUUUGUUACUGCUCAAAGCUACAUCAGCUGCUACACUGCGUACAUUACAACAAUGUUAUUCAGUUCUGCAACAUCAACAACUGCUGUUAGUAUAA